GGUGGAGGGGAGGGGGGGGGGCGGCGGCGGCGGCGGACGAGAAAAACAUGUCUACCGCUGUCGACUGAGGCGGGCGGACAUGGACGCCAGUUGCUUCGACCAGCCGUCGUGCGACGCGCACAGUGGGGAGGGAUUUUGCCAGUCCGAGAGGACGAAGACAUUAUUUGAAGAGAUCCGAGCAUCUGUUAAAAAUAAUUCUGAUGAAGAUCGAUCUUUCUGGAGACCUGUUCUUCCAUGGGGUGGAGUGUACACUAUUAAAGCUGGAAGAAAGGCAAUGGCUUGCAAUCCACUGUACGUCAGGAUCAGCCUUAAAAACACAUGCACAAUUGAUGGGUUUUUGAUGUUGCUAUAUGUGAUUCUCAGCGAAAAUGAGUAUUUCCCUAGAGAACUUUCAAACUACUUGGGUAAGGAAUUUGUGGAACGUUUUCUAUAUUUGAUGGACUCUUAUAAAUUUACAACGGUGAAACUUUUGUGGAUUUGGGAUAAAAUGGAAAAGCGACAAUAUAAGACUAAAGUCCACAAAGCCUCCCUGGAGAUUGACCUUUUUGGAAAUGAACACGAAAAUUUCACCAAAAAUCUGGAAAGCCUUAUGUCAACUAUUCAGGAGAGUUUUUGUACUAAUUGGAGAUGUCGAAUACGUAUUCAAGAAGACCAACACAAGACUAUUAUCAUCAAUUGUCCACAAGAUCCACUUCUGGAUGAUCUGAUUCAAGCAGCAGUGGAUGAAUUCUUCUGUUCCAAGAUUGAGCUGUGUGAAGAGUUUGGUUGUGUUGGCCAACGUGAGUUCACACAGAGAAUCUUUUGCCAUGGUGCUCCUCCAUUUGUUAUCUUGAAUAUGCAGCAAUGGAAGUCAGAGGAUUUGGCCUAUAUCCCAUAUUAUUUGGCCGUAGCACAACAAAGGUAUUUAUUGGAAGGAGCAACACUUUUCAACAAGGAGGAACACCAUUACUCUGCUGCAUUUAAGAUUGAUGGUAACUGGAUGCAUUAUGACGGUCUUAGGACCGAGAAUUUGGUGUUGUUGAAUAAACCUCCAGAACUGCUCCUUCUAUCCUCUCUGGUAUAUAUUCGAGACGUAGAGAAAUGACUAAAAUUGACUUAUGUAACUGAAUACUUACUGAAUACGUAAGAUUUUCAUAAAUCAUACCAUCUUAAAAAAGAGGGAAAUAAUUAAAUCAUCUUGGCAUCCAAGGAAAAAAAUGGACUAUAAUAGUUAUUUAUUAACCCAAAUAAAAUAUUCUUACAACUGAAUGUACAAAUUAGUAAGUUGAGUACUUAACUAUGCAAAAUAUGUAAACAAAAUGCACUAUUUCACAAUGUAUUUUGGAUACUUAAUGGCUUGACAAUAUUUUUAUACAAAGCUGUACUACUGAAAUAAAUGUCUUUCUAUGA